CCCCUCAAUUUCUGGCUGAUGCAUGGCAUAUUAUUAUUAUUAUUAUUUUCAUAUCGUUAGUUUCUAGUUCGUUUCAGUCGUUUUUGGUCCACUCCGAAAAGAAAAAUCGCUGCGCUUAGGUACAUCCACAGCAUAAACAAGAAAAGCCGCGCGUGUGUGCCUUAUAUACUUACAUGAACCGAAAGUGCACAUUUUAUAACACCCAACGGUGUCGUUCACCCGGACCGGGCGUUCUUUAGUAGCAGUACUCUGUGUGCUUGUAUAUAUAGAUACACUUGUAGCUUGUAGGGCACGUUUUCUAAUACACUUUCUCUUCUGUGUGCACGUUGAUGUAAGCGAAAAAGUCGGAAAAUAAAUACAGCGAGGCCAGACUCAGGCGUCCUCUCCUCUCGACAAUUUGUUGGUACAGGAGCCAAUUAAAUUACAAUUAAAAAACGACCUCGAAUACAAAGUACCGCCUGUGUGUGUGUGCAUGUGUGUUGCUGUUGAUAUAAGGGCGCUAGUGGCUAUACCUAGUGUCGAGGCAGCAAGUCACCAUCUCCGUGGAAGCAGCAGCAACAACGGGGUCCAAACAUCAAAAGCAGUAAACAGAUAUACCUAUAAAUAUUUACAACAUAUUUACAAUGUUUACGUCGUCGAACGUGUACUACGACUACAGGCCGGUUAUUACAAAUGGUAGUAACAACAUCGGUAAUGUCAGUAACAAUAACAACAAUAGCGUGGCCAUGGAAGUGGAGGAUGACAGUACGAAACGGCAACAGACGAGGUUUCUUGAAAAGCAGAAUAUCAAACGAAAAAGGUGUUUGCUGAAGGACGACCCGGUGCCCGGUUACAUGAACGGUUUCAAGAGGUCCCGUGAAGAAGACUUUGCUUUCAGAGACGGUGUUGACAAACGUCUUUUCAAUCGUGCAGGAGAAGAGCAACGGCUGCCAUCACCAGGUGCACCAGCAACAACAACAACAGAAUCCGAACACCAUGGACUUUUCCAGAUGUACCAUGAGCCGCUUCUAUGCUUGAGCCCCGCGGCAGCUGAUUUCGAAUGCCGGCGCAUCAGUUAUCAUCAUUCGCCCGCUGCAAUGGCGAUGACAGGUAAUCUUAAAUUACAGCCGGCAAACAGUAGUAAUUAUAGUUGUAGCAGUAAAGAACUCGAGGAUAUGCUACUGUUAACUCACGGUUGUUCGUCAUAUCAUCACCAGGCGACUGCUGCUGUUGGUAGUAGCGAUGGCUGUUACGACGAGGCCGAGUUCUGAGUCUGUUUUUUUUUUUCUUUCAUCGUAUCGGGUUGACCGUUCAUUACAAUAACUAACCGAUUGACAACGAUGUUGUUUAUACACAAGGAUACCAUGUUCCUUCUGGUUUUUUUUUUCUUUUUAAUUUUUAGCAACAAGUUAUCAUUGACAAGCGUUUUCCAAUGAAGGUAAUCACUUCAUGAGGUGUUUUAGAUUAUUAGUGGGAUAGACUAGUUUAGUGAAUUACUUCAUCUUUCACGUAUUUAUUGUAUUCGAUGUGUGGUGCAUAUGCCGCUAAUUUUCUUAUCCCCACAAUGAAGUUGUUGAAUCCCCUGGUGUGCAAGAAUUUGUUGUGUUCGUUUGUAUAUGAUGAAUACAUUGGCAAUUAAGCAAGCAUUAAAAUUUACACAUUUAUACAUAGUAGGAUGGUAUAAACUGGAAAGUGUUCAAUUUAAUAAUAAUUAAUGAUAAUGAUAAAUAAAUAUUUACUUUUUUACAUUACA